AUGCUUGCGAAAUCGGAUGGAAAUCACAGAUAUGAGCUGCUCAAGAACAAGAAACAUGCGCGCCAACUAGAGACGCUCGAAGAGCCUCAAGAAGCCGUGCGAGGCUUUGUGGGAAGGGUGGGCCCAAGCGACCUUCGGAUGGAGACCCCGGUGCUGCAGGACGUGUAUGACCCCACGGCAACCGACCCGACAAUCGAUGGGCUCCUCGUCUCCCUCGAAACUCUGCCCGGCGCCAAGGCUAUCGACACCAUUCGCGCCCAGAACGGCCUCAAGCCCCUCACGACUUACGUCAUCGACCCCGUCAGUAAUCAGCUUACUCUUGCCCAACUCGAUCAGCUGAACCUCAAGAUCAGUAGCACUCAGAUUCGCGCUUGGCUCGAUUCUCAUUAA